GAGCAAGAGAUGAGGGUAGUGGCCCAAUAUGUUUUGCGCAAUUAUAAAGGCAAUAAAUAUGUCUGGAUAGGACUGUAUGACACCAAGAAAGGGAAGGCAGGGAGGAACCGAGAGUUCAAAUGGACUGACGGAUCCAAAGGCCGGUAUAUGCCCUGGGCCCCAGGGGAACCCAAUCUUGGCAUUGGCAACGAGUUCUGUGUGGAGCUGUACGCAAAUGACUUUAUGGAAUGGAACGAUGGUGACUGUGAAAGAAAGCAACCCUACCUGUGUAAGUUGACACCCUGAGCCAGCAACAGAAGACACCAACACACUCGACACCUUGGCAGUUGGGACUGAUAUCAGAGUCCCUUCCUUCCAUGACCAACAAAACCCUUUUAGUUGGUGACAUUCUGGUACAGUAGACCCAUGGCACCACUUUGGCUCAGUCAACUUUCUCCUUU